CUAUCGCUAAACACAAAAUUAAUUCCAUUUUUUCCCUAAAAGCAUUGACAAAAGCAAAAUUUGCAUACGGGUGAAAACCCUUCCUUUCUAAAAUUCCUACAUCUUGCUGAUUCAACGACUCGAUCUCAAGCUCCUAUGACAUCUCCACACUUUGGCUUCAAGGUUAGAAAAACCAGACUGCCAUCUGCCAGUGACGUUUCAACGGCAGUCGGGAGCAAAAGCUUCGUCUGAACGCAACCAUUUUUCAUGAUUGCAAAACAAACAUGUAGUGGUUGGAGCACAAAGCUUAACGCAACCCAUUUUUAAGUACUGAAAUUCAACAUUUUAAAUCUCAGUGCACUUGGAUACCAAUUUCAAAAAUAAAAUCACUCACUUGUUUCCAACGAAGAUGGACGAGAAAAAUUCAACUGAGAGUUCCAAUAUCCCAACAUCCAAGUCACUUAACAACAGCAAUGACGUCAUUGAGAAAAUCAGAAGUUGGAUUCAGUCGGAAGUCAAAUCCAAAUUCCACGAAGAUGCUGUCAAAUACAUCAAGUCGGUAGUGGUACGAGAUCUUUCAUCUUUGGAAAAUACUCUAGUAGAGAGACUAUACGUUAAAGUCGUACUGGAAAUGUGGCUGAAAAACAGUUUACGAAAGACUGUCGAUUACCUCAAUGAUGAAACGAUCGACAUCAGUGUCAAAAUGCCCAUUUUAUUGAAAGAAUUAAAUUCCAUCAAUUCAUUUGAAGAUAUUGGCCUCAAAUUGAACGAAACGACAUGCCAGUUGACAAACCUAUGCGACACAGGAUGUCAAUAUUUACAACUGAUACUCAAUCAGGUGGAUCUUUUCAAAAAGACUCCUCGUUUCUCGGUUCUUGUAGCCAGUUAUUUCAAGGAAUUCAUAGCGUCUUGCGUUGAAAAAGUCUUUUCCAGGUGUCUGGAUGACGUUGGUAAAGAUCAAACUAAUGGCAAGAGAAAUCGGGAACUCAUUGCCGCACUAAAUGCGCUCUUACAAGACGCCAGUGAAGACGUAGAAAUUCAAAAUGUUUUGGAAAAGUUCACGGGAAAGGACGUCAAGGACUUUGAUGACGCAAACGGGAAAGACUUGAUCAACCAACUGGUGGAGAUCUUUGCAAGCUGCAGUGCAAGUAAAAACGAAUCAUCAGAAUGGUUAGAUCAACUAAACUCAGAAAAAGAAUGGACACCGAAAUUGCAAGUUUUGGUCAAAGAGACGUGCAAGGCAUUCCUGUUUCCUAAGACGACGAUCAAAGUCAAAGACGAAUAUGGAAGAAAAAUCAUUUUCAUCAAAGGCGUCUCUGUGUUUGUCAGCAAAAUGAUCGAAGAAAUGAAGCGAUUAAAAGAAAAAUAUCCAGAGCUGCAAGAAAUCCAGAUUGUUGGGCUAUCAUCCGUUCACGUCGAUUGCCACCUAGAGAACGAAACCUGGCACGGAACGAACGUGGGAAUCGUUACGGAUAAGAUCGUUGUGGAUUACGAAGUUUGCCGGAAAGGCCAGCAAAAUAACGCCCAAGCAAAAGAAGAAACUACCAUGAGGAAUGCGACCAGUGAUGUUGCGAACAACUUCUCCGUCUGUUGGGAUGUCUCUGGCGUAAACGGUGAACCUGGUCAACCGGGUAAGAGUGGUGGUAACGUUAACAUAAUUUGUAACGAGAUAAUCGACGCCGAACGAUGGAAGAUUAUAUCAGAUGGAGGCAAAGGAGGUGACGGACAGAACGGAAGUAAUGGGGAAAGCAAAUCGGACGGAAGGCCUCGCAAGUGGUCCAAAGAAUGUUUCAAAAAAGUUUUCCCUUCCAUGUCGACAUUCAAUAAAGGAGAACCAACAACUGACAUAGCUCCAGAAGAUACAGUAAAGAUGGUUCUAACGAACCUAAUGGACCGGUUGCCAGUUGAAAAUCGAACAUAUGGCAAAGAUAUCAAACCAGACUACCGAGGUACUUUUUUCAUCGAAGGCACUGCGAAAGAUGGCAGUAAGAUCAGCUUGUCGUUCUAUCAGUCCAACACAAAACGACACACACUCAUCUUCUGCCAAGGAAGCAACAUCGGACAAGGUGGAUACGGAGGCACCAUCACUUUUGAAUUUAUCACCGGAAAAGACUCGUUUGCAAUAGAAUCGAGGGUUCCAGUCGUCGGUAAGGACGAUCGUCGACCAAGGGCUGUGCGAAUGGGUGUCUACGAGGCAAUGGGCUAUGAUGGCGAAAUGGGAACACCUGUAGGUGACGUUGCGUUCAUCCACAGCCUCGACACUAACAAGGCAUCAGCAAACGAGAAUCUGACAGGUCAUUACAUCGGCUUCGAAAAUAAUGUUAGCCUUCGGAUGGAACGCAACCCUAAGAAACCUACAAGGCAGCAAAACGAUCAUGAGAAUUACUACACAAAACUAAGCAAUGAGCAAUAUGCGUCGAUUGUUUACCGUAGUUUACCCGCAUACGGCCAAGUCCAGCCACUGCAUUCGACGGUAGUAAAUGCCACGAAAAAGAAGGUCAUCGUUCGCCAAAGUCUUGCGAAGCACGUUUUUCAAGUGGACGAGCGGAAGCAGAUGUUAGCACGCCUUCAGGAAAGAUUAGACAGCAAUUUUGAGGAAGAAAAAAAAUCUGAUGAAGAAAUGAAAAACAAUACUGUCAACCAAAUGAAAAACAAAGAAACUCAAUUAUAUCAGUUCGGCCUGAUGUCGCAAUCCGGGCGGGGACUAGAGAACAUUGGAUCAAUGAGAUUUGUUAAACCCGCAAUAAGAAAUUGGAAUCUGGGAAAAAAAAUGGAUGUACACAACGUUUUAGACACCUCGCGUUUUUUGGUCAAUCGACGAUCAACGGGAUGUCGCCCGGUUGAUUCCCGAGAAGAAUCAUAUGGCCCCGUCAAAUUCCUUUGCAUGUUGCCUACAACGGAUGGCGUCGAUAGUGCUAUACACAGCAUUUUCGGUCAAAUAAAUUCAAAUGGGAUGUAUGUUUGCAAUGACGUGAAAAUGUUUCGCCGUCGCCUCGCUACAUUUAUCCGCAAAAAGGAAAAGUCUGCUGAAGUCUCUCAUUUCAUCGAGCAGUUUGCACUGCGUGUAAAAGAAAUUGAUGCAUUAGAUUAUCCCGUCGCCAAUAAUGUGAAAGUUGCUUACUUCGAGUCUAAACGGAGCAACUGUGGGGAAAAAAAUUUAACUGGCAAACAUUAA